CAGCUUCAAUCAACCACGACCCAGUUGAUUUCAAGAUGCCUCCCAAGAAGAAGGCCAAAGCAGCUGCUGCGGUCUCAACACCAACCGCAGAUGAAGAUGCUAUGGUGAUUGACACCCCGCAACCGCAGAAAGCUGAGGAACCACAAAAGCCAGCAUACGACAUCUUGAAGGACCCUUGGACGGACGAGCAGGAAACGUCAUUAUUCAAAGGAAUCAUCAAAUGGAAGCCGGCUGGCAUGCACAAGCACUUCCGCAUGAUUGCAUUGUCAGAGCACCUUCGAAAUCAUGGCUACGAUCCUACCGUCGAGAAACACACUCGCAUACCAGGAAUAUGGGAGAAGCUUGGAACAUUAUAUAACCUCCCUAUUAUCGAUGACCGGGAGAACUCUUUCGAGUACGAAGACCAAGGCAAAUAUCUCGAAUUCAAACUCCCAGAGGAGGAUUAUGAUGAACGUACCUUCAUGAGAGGCAAACGAGAUGCUACUAGCGAAACACCCUCUUCGCCUCCCAGGCUGGGCAGAUCAACCUCACCAGUACCGCAAGCUGUCCGAAAACGUAAAAGAGCGGACACAGUCACAACGAAGAAUCGUGCUAGCACGGUUGAUGAUACGGAUGAGACUAGGACAUCUCCUGCGAAUUCUCCCCCUCCGAAGAUGGCUCGAGGGGGAAGGGGUACGAAUCGGUCCAUGGGACGAGUUAAGGCAGAGUCAAGUUCCCGGCAGCAGAGUAAGGACACCACAGUGACUGAGGACGAAGGGGCGGAAGAGACAGAAGAAGCCGGCGAGGAUGACGAGCAAGAGGCCGAGGAGGAAGACGGGACACCGUCUCCAAAGACCUCGAAGGCUUCAAAAGCAAAGGUGGAUGUCCCUGCAACACGGAAGAGCAAGCGGAAAAGAUAAUUGUGGACUGACAUCUUGAAUGGUAUGAUCUAUGGACCGGUAGCAUGUUCGGGGGCGUUGGGAGGGCUAAAAUCGACAUUUACAGAGAUUCCAAAGGCGUUUGAUACGAUAGCCCUGGAACCCUGGUGGCCAGAGCAUGUACGGAGACGUCUGAGGAGCGGAUCAAAAUCGAUCAUGGGACAUGACAUUGCGGAGAAGAAAACUCUGUGCCGUAUGUCCGAGAUUUCACGUGCUUAUCAUGCGUGAUGUAGAGAAUACCACUGUAAUACACAGCUUUUGCCGCUGGC